UUCCUGUUAGGCGGCCAGUUCAAGUUGCCAUAGCAGAGGAUGGCGCUGCUAUACGCUGAUCAUCACACAAGAUAACCGUCAAACCGCUGGGCACACGGCGUUAUGGACUCCUCCAGUGAAUCUGACACCUAUGACAUACCGAGAGGGCGUAAAUCCCGGGCUAGAGAGAGCCGAAUUAGACCUGAAAGCAGGUUUUCCAGGGAUACACAUGUAUCAGACAUAUCAGACAAAAUUGACACUUUGGCAGACACUCUACAGGACACAAGCCGAAAUCUAAACAAAGUGGAUCGGAUGUUGGGCCAGUACAGGGAACACACAGAUGACCAAGCUGAAGCCAUGGCGACGCUGAGGGAGAGCUUAGAGGAGUCCAUCCAACACCUGCAGGGGCAGCGCCUGAGGAGGUCCAAUGGGGGGCGGAGCAACUCUCUAUCCACACUGCACACCAGUGAUUUGGAGGACGGCAGCGGCUCAGAUAGGAGACGCUACUUCCCCACAUCACCUCUGAGAGAUUAUGGGAGUGCAGGCACAGGUAACAGAAGACGGUCCAGAUCUGUCGCAGUGCGUUUCCGAGACUCCACUCAAGCUGAGGAGCAGAUUCACUCGAUGCACCAGUCCCUCAGAGACCUGCGGAGCGAUCAGCUCAGACUGGGUGAUGAUAUCGACAGAGAGAUCAGCAGGAGAAACAGGACUGACAUUGAAACCCGGAAGACAAUAGAGAAUCUUGCAGGCCACGUACGGCCAACACCGAGAGAAGAACCCGUGUCGUUACGGGUGGAGAGACGUCUACAGGAAAUCGAAGAUGAGAUGCGCUCGGGGCGACAGGUGCUUUCUCAAAGACAUCCCGGAGAGAAAGGAAAAAACUUAUCUGGUGAACUGCAGGAGGCUUUGAGAAGACAUGACGUCCAAACCCCAGAGGCUGAUGAGACCUUCAGAAAUAGACUGCAGAGAUCAGAGAGUGAGAAAAGCAAGAUAGAGCAGGAGUUGGAGAGACUCAAGAGGAAGCUGGAUCAGUCAGAGGGCGGACGAGAUGCCCUUCUCCAGCAGAUAGAUGACAUGCAUUCACAGCUCCUGAGGACAGAAAAGGAGCGUGUAGAUCUGCAGAGAGAGUUGUCUUCAAUCUUAUCUCAGCAGAGGAGUAUAGGAGGACAGCAGGAGAAAGGAUCUCUGGGCCUUGGCCGUGAACGGACAGAGUUGGAGAGAGAAAUUGAAGACCUAAGGGUGCAGCUGGGUAGAAUCGGAGCGUCCAGCGAGGUCGAAGAACUGAGACGAACCGUUGAGCGAAAAGAGAGAGAGAGAAAUCAGCUUGCUUUCCGGGUCGAGGCUCUCUCUGGAGAUCUGGAGCGACGUGAGCAGCAGCAGGUGAGGAUGUUGGCCCAGCUGAAGGAGAUCCAGUCUCGUUCUGAGGACAGCGGGUCAGAAUGUGCCCGUCUGGAGGCCCAGCUGACAGAAAGCGAGAGGAAGAGAGAGGAGCUGCGCUCAAAAGCUCAGGAGGCCAUCAGGCAGUGGAAGGCCAAAUGCAGGAGACUGGAGCGAGAGCUUCAGGAAAUAAAGGAUGAGAGCAGGAACGACACUGAUAAAGCUAAACGGAGUAAAGAGAGAGAGAGCGUUCUCAGCCAGCAGGCAGAGGGCGCAUGCAGACAGCUCGCUGAUGCCCUCGGGCGUCUUGCUCAGCGCGAGGAGGAUGUACGCCGUCUUGACGUGGAUUUGGCCGAAGCUCGCUCACGGCUCAUCGCUUUAGAACAUGAGAUCAGACAGGCUCAGGAAACCUCACGAGGUCUAGAAGAAGAGGCCCAAAAGCAGAUCUCCCUGCAGACCCGUCUGAGAGAGGAGAACAACAGGCUACAGGAGCGCUGGGAGCUUCAGGAGCAGAGGAGAGACAAGGAACAGAGAUCUCUGCUGGAUCUCCAGGCCUCAGUGAAGAACCUCAGUGCCACAAGAGCCGAUCUCACAGCCAAACUGGCUGAGGCGGAGAGCUCCAGGAAGGAGCUGGAAAAACGACUCGCUCUGGCCCUGGAGGAGAGCUCCUCUUUUGGGCGACAACUGGAACUGGAGAGGGAGGUGCAUCAGAAGGAGCUGAGCCACCUCCGAACGGCCCAGCAGGAGGGCAAAGCCAAAAAGGACAGAGACGUACACGACACGCUCCGAUUAUACAAACGUGAGCGAGAAGAACUGGAGGCUCUUGUCAAAGACCUUAAGAAUAAAGACAUACACAUCUGGAAUGGCAUGAGGUCGGAGGCUGUGGCAGAUAAUGAAAUGAAGAGAGCUCUGCAGCUAAAGCUGGACAAGAUGAAGACAGAAUGUGAUAAACUGACAGAGCAGCUGAGCACCAGUCAGGAGAGUCACACACAGUUGCUCCACCAACACCACAUCCUCAGAAAAGAGCUGGACGUGAAGGUAAAGUUAGCUGAUAGGGCGGAGGAGAGGAGGCAGACCACAGAGGACUCCACGGCGGAGCUGCGCGAGAGAGUCACGGGCCUCCAGAUGGAGCAGGAGUCCAUCCUCCACGCUGUGGGGAGUCAGAUUGACUCAGCCUGCCAGUUCUUGUCAAAAGACUCCGCCGCCAAGCUUGAAGCCAUAAUUCUGACUCCAGGACUGCAGAAGGAUUCCCAUCGCUGGCUGGCUGAGGCUAAGACAAAGCUCCAGUGGCUGUGUGAGGAGGUGCGUGAGCGAGAGGCCAGAGAGAGGAGGAUGAGAAGGACACUGCAGCAGCACAGGGAGCAGAUGAAGGCUCUGAAGCAAAGCAGAGACUUAGAGCAGCAGAGCCUACUGGACCGCAUUACCCAGCAGGACCGGUUCCUUCAAGACAUCCAAUCAGAGAAAAGAGAUCUUCUUGAAAAGAGCCGCAAGAGAGAUGAGGAGGUGAGAAAUCUUCAGGACCGGAUUGUAGAUCUUGAAACGAGCACCAGGCUGGCCUUGGACCAUCUAGAGUCGGUUCCUGAGAAACUCAGUCUACUUGAAAAUUUCAAGGAUCUUGAGGAGUCACAGAGGCAGAGAGAAAUGGUGGAGCAGCGUUAUGCCAAAUACAAGGAGAUUGUUGGUGGCCUGCAGCAUCAGCUUGAGGAAUCUAAGAGGAUGAUUCAGGAAUACAGGGGUGAGAAGUUGGAUGCCGCCUGUCGGAGUCUUCAUCUCACUGGUCUCACAUCAUCCCUGCGCAGUCAGAGCAAUUUCCUGACCAGCACCACACUAUCUAACCAUACCUCACCACACAAGCGUCUUGCCAGCCCAGAUUUGGACUCCAGCCUCAACCAGCAGCACUCUUCCUCUGUCAAUGGUGCAAACUCUGAAUACAACACAAGCAUGUAGUGCUGCCUCUGGCAGUAAUCGCAACCAAUCACAGUCCACUCACUGAGACCUUAUGUGAAAACCCAUGACUACCUCAAAUGCACUGAUGCCCACCGAAUCCUUACAGAGAUGUUUUUGUAGUGAAUACACUGCACACUAGUGCUUUUAGUUAUGUUUAUCUCUAAUGUGUCAUUGCACAGUUACUGUGUAGUGUCUGUAUGACAGUCCAGUUUCAGUUAAUUAUACUAAGGACAGAAGUGCUUAACUUUAUAUUACUUUAUGUUGUAACUUUUUGUGUAAUGCCAAAAAUGCCAAACAGUAUAUUAUAGUCAUGUUUUAUAUGUUUUCAUGAUAUUAAUCCAAAUAUUUACGGCACUGCUCUUGCUUACUGUCAAGAAAUAGUACAAACAAUGUAUAGACAAACUGACAUUUUUGAUAUAAUGAUUUCUUUUAGGUUUUCUUUUUUUUUUUUUUUUUUUACAUGAAUUUCAGGAAAUCUGAAUGUGCUUAAUUAUAGAACCUUUUUUGUAUUUGUAUUUUAUACAUUUUAUUUAUGUAGCGUAUGCAAUUUUUAAGAAACAACUAAAGGGCUAUCACACGUCUGAACUUACUUUGUGAACAUAUUAAAGGGAUAGUUUACCCCAAAAUGAAAAUUCUUUCAUAAUUUUCUCACAUUCAUGCCAUCCUAGAUGUGAAUGACUUUAUUUCUUCUGCUGAACAAAAACAAAAGAUUUUUUAGAAGAAU